AUGCCUGCCGCAAAUGUAGCUGCGAUACCUACAGAUGCGGCCUCGGCGCCGGCCUCGCGGAAAACCUCACUCGCACCGGAGAGGAAGUACAAGUGCCAGUUCUGCAACCGCGCCUUCAGUAGAAGUGAGCAUCGGAGUCGUCACGAGAGGUCUCAUACCAAGGAGCGACCAUUUAAGUGUAUGAAAUGCCGCAGCACCUUCGUACGUCGUGAUCUACUGCUUCGCCAUGAUCGCACUGUUCACGCGAAAGACGGCGGAGUUCCUCUGCACAGCGAUGGAAAGCGUCGUGGUGGAGCCAAGCCUAGAGCUGUUGCGACACCCAACAAGGAGCCGAUAGGCAUAGAUGCGGCCGCCCUGGAACAGAUCGAAGCCAGCAGCGAAGGUGUUUUCGACGUGGAGACGGCAGCGAUGCUCGUUGCAGACUUACAUCACAAAGCUACCGCCGCAAUGCGUGCUAAUAGCGGUGAAGGCAGUUCUGGGGCCGCGUAUCCGCAGAGCGGGGCAAACAUGAUGGACUCGCCCGUGUCUUUUCCUUCUGGGCCUAUUGCUAUUCCACAGUGGGACACCUUCAUGCCUCAGGCGGUGGCAGAGCCCAAGGCCCAUUCCAUCGCGUCGAGUGCGUCAGGCUCUUUUGAGUCCCAGCCCAAUUUCAACGGAUCCCUUGCUCAACAUCCAGCCCAGCUUCCCCCUCUUGGUACUCCGACAUUAAAUGCCCCCGCUCCUCCGCACUCACCCUUCCUGGCUCAUGGCGGUGUUCACAGUCCAGUCGAGUCCCAUCAGGCCCAGUCCAUGGCCGGGUUUAAAGCCCCUCAGGUUAUCGGUGACGAAGAGCGCAACAUGAUACUGGAUAACAUUCGCACAAGUGACAGUGAACAAGCUAUCCCAGACGGCUUCCGCCUACCAAAUCUUCCCUCGCUGAAUCGCUACCUCGCCACUUACUUCGGACUGUUCCAUCACCAUCUGCCGUUCCUGCAUCCAUCAUCGUUUAAGCCCACCGAGGUCUCGUCUCCUCUGCUGCUCGCAGUCCUGUCCAUUGGUGCACUUUAUGCGUUUGAUCAAGAUCAAGCCUACGCUCUCCAUAUUGGAUCCAAAGUGCUUGUCAAUCAAUUCCUGCAAAACAAGGAGAAUUUUAGCUCUCGCCAAUGUCCUCUUUGGACGAUGCAGAGCUCGCUUCUCAACAUGAUAUUUGCCAGUUGGAGUGGUGAUCCUAAGGGUCUUGAGUGGGCUUGCUCCAUCAAGAGUUUGUUGGCCAACAUGGUGUCUGGUAACCGUUAUGAGUUGAAGCUUCGACAAGAGGCCAGAGAGACACGCUUGCCUUCUCGCGCCGAGUGGAUUGAGGACGAAGGCUGCAGACGUACGUACUAUGCGGUUUACAUCUUCUUCGGAUUGCUCACUUUGACCUACAACCACACUCCUGCGAUUGGGUUCAAUGAGUUUGAGGACUUGCAAUUACCGUCGACGGAAGGGCUCUGGAACGCAGUGGUCUCAGACGAGGCUGCUUGGCAAGAACAGCUUAAGGCUUCUCACACGGUGGUGUUCAUGCAGGCGCAUGAAAAUCUGUUCCAGGGUGAGAUGCUCAAGUACAGCGCGUUCGCCACUCGUGUCAUGAUAAACGCACUCUUCCUGGAGGUUUGGUACCACAAGCGUAGCCCGGAGGCUCUGCAGGAUGUUGUCACAGAGUACAAGCUGAGGCUCGCUCUGGAGACUUGGGAGAAGUCCCUGGAACUGUGCGAGCCGGAAGCAGUCGCCGUACCUCUGAGUGCGCCUCACAAGGGCCACCCAUUGCUCUUCAACGCCAAGGCCAUGUUCCGCAAUGCGCGUUCCCGCCUGGAGGUUGACUUGAAGGCCGUGCAAGAGGCACUGCGGUACCACGACUCCUACGAGGUUGCUGCGGCUAUGUCAAGUGCCCGUGACAAGGUCAAGCGCACAACUGAGAUGCUCAAGGUUAUCCAAGAGUGCUUCAACUGCAUUGAAACGGCUGUUCUGCAGGGUGUCCGCUGGGUGGCGCGCACAUCGCCUACCCAGUGGAGCAUAGAACAUCCUCUGUGCGGACUCGACAUGAUGAUUAUCCUCAGUCUUUGGCUCUACCGUCUGGAACAUGACGAGGAGCCUGCCACCGACGAUGAGUUAGCCAUGUACAACAAGAUCCGCCAGCUUUUUGACAAGGACCUUGACGAGUCCUAUGUAGCUCAUCUAAGCUCUAUUGUCGCCCGCCUGUGGGGCUCGAUGCUGGAUGAGGUGGUUGUUUGGGGAAUCACACGUUUGAUGGGUGAAUCCUUCCGCCUCCACUCGCAAGCCUUAGUCGGUUACGUGGAUGAUGUCGAGGCGUCGUCGAAUGUUUCGACGCCGGAGAUGUCACAGGGUGCCGACGAAGACAGCGUGUAUUAA